AUGACAUCCCCAAACAACCCCCCAGACCACAAAGCCCUCAUGGCCCAAGCCCUGACCCUCGCCAGAUCCUCGCCGUGCCUACCCACAAACUACCGCGUCGGCGCUUUGCUAGUCGACCCAUCCCCUUCCACAGCAUCAUCACAAGAACCCUCCACCCCCUCCUCCCCCACAGUCCUCGCAACAGGCUACACCCUCGAGCUCCCAGGCAACACCCACGCGGAGCAGUGCUGCAUCGCCAAGGUCUCCUCGCCAGCAGCCGACGCACCACCCAGCACCGAGCUCCCAGGCGACCAGCAAAUACAGCAACUAGCCCUGCCCAGGGGCCGGCUGGCCCUGUACACGACCAUGGAGCCGUGCGUGGAGCGCCUGAGCGGCAACCUGCCGUGCGUGCAGCGCAUCCUCGCCUACCGGGACUUUAUCACCGACGUUUAUGUGGGCGUGCUCGAGCCCGACACCUUUGUCAAGGGCAACUCGGGCCGCGCCGUGCUAGAGGCCGCUGGUGUCAAGGUGCAUCACGUCGUUGGUCUCGAGGAUGAGAUUCUCGAGGUUGCAACCGCCGGCCAUACUCGCCCUGCCCCCGGGCCGUAG